CUUAUUCCGUUCGAUAUUAAGAAAGUGUGUCGCUGUCGUCGUUUCGUUUUCGGCCAAACGACUAGUCAUAUUGUGCCCAAGCCUUUUUUCGAUAUUGGAGUAGAAAAUAUAAGAAUCGUAGAUUAUAAAUUAGUUUCGUAUUUCGUUAAAUGGCAUCUGCAAUGGAUAUUGACGACGAAAUGGAAUUGGAACAACCCGAAGUACCUUCUUCCACAAGUGGCACAAGGACAGACAAGAAAAGAUUUGAAGUGAAGAAAUGGAAUGCUGUUGCACUUUGGGCUUGGGAUAUUGUUGUUGACAACUGUGCUAUAUGUCGUAAUCAUAUUAUGGACUUGUGCAUUGAAUGUCAAGCUAACCAGGCAUCAGCUACUAGUGAAGAAUGUACUGUUGCAUGGGGUGUAUGCAAUCACGCCUUUCAUUUUCACUGUAUUUCUCGAUGGCUGAAGACUCGCCAAGUAUGUCCGCUUGAUAAUAGAGAAUGGGAAUUUCAAAAGUAUGGACAUUAACGAAAAUUCCGUGGAGUUUUCUACUUGGAUGUCAAUCGCAUUGCCGUUGCAGAGUUUGAUUUUGGCCAACGUUUAAAAAUUGUUUUCUUAUAUUUAAUGUAUGCAAAAUUGUGUAAAUUAAAGUCAUUUCUUUUUUAUA